UCCGGGGGGUGUCCGGCCGGAGAAGUGCUCUGUCCGGCCGGCUGUAGCUGAGCCGUAAUAUGGCCGGAAAUGUGAAGAAAGGCGGGGGGUUGAUCGGGAUGAUGAAGGACGCCUUCCAGCCUCAUCAUCACCACCUCCACUCGCACCAUCAGCCCGGAGCCGUGGACAAGAAAACGGUGGAGAAAUGCUGGAAGCUGAUGGACAAGGUGGUGCGGCUUUGCCAGAACCCCAAGCUGGCCCUGAAGAACAGCCCCCCCUACAUCCUGGACCUACUCCCAGACACCUACCAGCACCUCCGCACCGUCCUGUCCCGCUACGAGGGCAAGAUGGAGACGCUGGGCGAGAAUGAGUACUUCCGCGUCUUCAUGGAGAACCUGACCAAGAAGACCAAGCAGACCAUCAGCUUGUUCAAGGAGGGCAGGGAGAGGAUGUACGAGGACAACUCCCAGCCCAGGCGUAACUUGACCAAGCUAUCACUCAUAUUCAGUCACAUGCUCGCAGAGCUCAAAGCCAUAUUUCCUAAUGGCCUGUUUCAAGGAGACAACUUCCGGAUCACCAAGGCAGACGCUGCCGAGUUCUGGAGGCGGUCAUUCGGGGACAAGACCAUAGUGCCGUGGAAGGUGUUCCGUCAGGCUCUGCAUGAAUUCCAUCCAAUCAGCUCCGGCCUGGAGGCCAUGGCCCUCAAGUCCACCAUUGACCUCACCUGCAAUGACUACAUCUCCGUCUUUGAGUUCGACAUCUUCACCAGGCUGUUCCAGCCAUGGUCGUCUUUGCUGAGAAACUGGAACAGCCUGGCAGUGACGCACCCGGGCUACAUGGCCUUCCUCACCUACGACGAGGUCAAAGCGCGCCUGCAGAAGUUCAUUCACAAGCCUGGCAGCUACAUCUUCAGGCUGAGCUGCACCCGGUUGGGUCAGUGGGCCAUUGGCUACGUCACGGCCGACGGAAACAUCCUGCAGACCAUCCCCCACAACAAGCCUCUGUUCCAGGCUCUCAUCGACGGCUUCCGCGAGGGCUUUUACCUGUUCCCCGACGGUCGAACCCAAAACCCAGACCUGACAGGGCUGUGCGAACCCUCUCCUCAGGACCAUAUCAAAGUCACACAGGAGCAGUAUGAGCUGUACUGUGAGAUGGGCUCCACCUUCCAGCUGUGUAAGAUUUGCGCUGAAAACGACAAGGACGUGAAGAUCGAGCCCUGCGGUCACCUCAUGUGCACAUCCUGCCUGACCGCCUGGCAGGAGUCGGAGGGCCAAGGUUGUCCGUUCUGUCGCUGUGAGAUUAAGGGUACCGAGCCCAUCGUCGUGGAUCCCUUCGACCCCAAAGACACCAGCGGGGGGUCGUAUGGGGGGUGCCGGGGCAUGUUUGGGGCAGAGGGCGCCCCCUCCCCCAGCUACGACGACGAUGAUGACGACCGGCUGGAGGACCCACACCUCAUGAUGAGCAAGCUGGCAUGUGCCAAGCAGGUGGAGCGCCCCCCUUCGCCCGUUUCCAUGGCACCCCAGGCGUCCCUGCCUCCUGUGCCCCCCCGACUCGACCUGCUGCAGCACCGAGCGCCGAACCCCCCCGGAGCCUCCAGCCCCGGCAGCACGUCCAAGGCUCCUGUGCAUCACAAAGACAAGCCCCUCCCACUCCCCCCCGCCCCUGAGGGACCUGCCCCCCCCCCCCCUCCACCUGACCGCCCCCACUCGGCAGGGUCAGACGGCCGGCUACAGAGACGACCGCUCCCCUGCACCCCGGCAGAGCCGCCCCGCGACAAGCCCCCCCCGGCACCCCCCAACCGCGGCCUGGCGGACUGGAACCCACGGCCGGUGCCCAAAGCCCCCCCACAGACUGCCCGCGAGCUGUCCAACCGCCACUCCCUCCCCCUGGCCCUGCCUUCCACGCUGGACACACGCUCAGACUCUCAGAGGAACAGCAGCACCCUCAGUCUGGACCCCCAGCUGAGUUUUAUUGCCAGUGCCUCCGGCAGCCAGGAGUACGACAACCCGAAGGUGAAGCCCUCCGCCUCGGCCAACGGCAUCUACGCCAUGGCAGCCAGGCCUCUACCUGCUCUCAAGCCGCUGACAGGAACAGACACGCAUGAAAGUGACGAGGAGUCGGAGUACAUGACCCCCUCGUCCCGCCCUGUCCUACCACCCCCCAACACGGCCAGCUCCAGCCCGGGGGACACGCUGUCCAGACCCCCCCUGCCCAACGCACUUGGCUCCCGGGUGCUGGGUGACUUGGACUCUGAAGGACCCCAGAUGUAUGAAGCCAUGUAUAACCUGCAGGGCCAUGCUCUCACAGCAGGUUUACCCCACCAGGCCAGAGACUCAGAUUACUCUGAGCUCCCCCCCAUGGUGAGCAGCAACGGCCCGCGGGAGGGCCCUGCUGAGGAGCAGGGGGCGGUGGAGGAGGAGAAUGGCUACGAUGUUCCCAAACCCCUGAUGCCUGUGGCCCCCGCCCGGCGCACGCUGCCCGACCCCAGCGGGGGCCCCCACUCCUUCAGUCGGCCGGAGGGCGAGCCCUGCUCAUCGCCCGGCUUCUCUGAAUCCAUCGAAGUGCCGGAGCGCCCGCCCAAACCGCUGCCGCGACGAAUCAGCUCUGACCGCCGGCCCAGCCCUGUACCUCCGGGGGGUGUGGUUGGGGGAGGGGGCGGGGCCAGCCCACAGAUCACCAGCGAGAUCGAACAUCUGAUGAGCCAGGGCUACUCCUACCAGGACAUCCAGAAGGCGCUGAUGAUCGCGCAGAACAACAUGGAGAUGGCCAAGAACAUCCUGCGAGAGUUUGUCUCCAUCCCCUCCACAGCUCACAUCCUCACAUAGCACCGCCCCUUCCACCCCAGCUCAGUGCUGAUUGGACAUCGCUGAGGUUGUCUCCCAAUGGCUGAGCGGUGACAGAGGCCAUGCCCAGUGUGUCCCUGCCACGCCAGCGGGAACCAGCGAGGCCAGCGCUGCGGCAGGCCAGCAGACCACUCACAAACGCGUCUGUAUAUAAGCCUUGAAUAUAUACAUAUAGCUCCAUUCAGUCCCGCUGUACCAGGAUUGGUGGAGGUGCCCCUGACUCCGCCCCACCUCAGGUCCCUGUUUCCGGGAGAAUCCCUCUGCCGGGUUGGGGGGGUGGGGUGUUGAUGUGGGGUAGUGUGUAGUGUUUUGUAGCAUAAGAGCGUGAGCUGCUCGUAUAUGCGCAGAGAGAGUCACGUCCUCACUGUACUGCGUUAUGUAAAUGUGCUCCUUUGGUACGGCUGGAAAAGGCCCUGGGGGGCGACCGUCUGUGCUGCAUCUGCUGUGGGUUUCACUGUUCCGAACCUAAAAUGAAGCAUUGAACUGAGGCGCAGCCCUGCAGGGUCACCGAGGGUUUGACCUUGUGACAGAGAUCCAGCUCAGGGUCAAGUAGAUAAAUGAGGAGUGAGCACUGAGUUUGGGUAAAAUGGCCCUAGAUCUGUAUCCCAUGCACACCUGCAGGUGGCACUGACCGUGCCCAGGCAGCCUGAGACAGAGGCACUUCCGUCUCUCCCUCUCCCUCUCCCUCUCCCUCUCCCUCUCCCUCUCCCUCUCCC